AUGAGAGACCAGGAGAACCCACAAAGCAGCAUGAACCUGGUUUUGGGCACCUUCCUGCUGUUCCUGAUGCUGCCAGACAUUGCCAGAGGACAGGACAGAUGUGCCAGUGAGUGGUCCCCUAUCCCUACCCUCGCCCCCAGCACACACCCAGUGCCAUGGUGCCCAGCAGCCAUCCUGCUUCUCCCCCCAGAGCUGGUUCGAGGUGACGAAUACCACCAGUGCUGCAACAUGACAGUGGAACAGAUCAAACAAAGUGACAGGAUCCACAGCUUCAACUUCACCUGGAGCUGCUCGGAGCUGUGGCGCUCUGUCAGCCCUGCUUGUGCCUGCCUGCGGGAACACUCGCUCAGGUAGCAGCAGGGACAGCCAUGGAGGGGUCUGGGGGCUCAGCCCCCACAUCCACCGGUCCCACAGCCCCUGUCCUACAGGGCGCUGCAGUCGGGGCUGCACAGUUGGCCGGUCUGGCUGAAGUCACUGCUCCUGAAUGUCAGCAAGCCUGUCAGCCGUGAUGUCCUCAUCAGCUUUUCCCCCACAGAGGUCCCCAGCAUGAUGAACAUCACAGAGGAGAAAGCUGGCAAAAUCCAUCUUCCCAGGGAGAUAUUUUGGUCCCUGAGUAGACAGAUAGUGCGUGUGGUGGUGACAGUCCUCAACAUCCAGCAGCUUGGCAUGUUCAAGGAAGUCAACCAGACAGGGCAGGUCUUGGACAACACUGUGGUGGGCAUCAUAGUGGGAGAGACCAGCAUCUCUGGGCUGCAGAACCCCGUGCAGGUCACCUUCACCCACAGGAAGCUGCCCCAGGGUGUCACCCCACAAUGUGUCUUCUGGGAUGCCAGCAAAGGGCAGGCAGGAGGCUGGAGCAGCAGUGGAUGUGUCACACAGCCUGUGGACAAGGGGACAGUCUGCUCCUGUGACCAUCUCACCUUCUUCGCCCUCCUCCUGAACCCAGCUCUGGAUGGCUCCACAGCACAAGCCUUGAUGGCUGUUGCCACUGCUGGCUGUGGGGUAGCCGUGGUUUUCUCCAUCUUCACCAUAGCCUUCUGCAUCUUCAUAAGGUGCAGAUUCAGGUUUGAGGAAACCCUUCGCAUCAACCUGGGGCUGCACAUGAACCUCGUGAGCAGCCUGCUCCUCCUCAACCUGGUCUUCCUGCUCAACAGUGGGCUCUCUGGUGGGACCCAGCCAGGGACCUGUAAGGUCCUGGGGGGGCUCACCCACUACUGCCUGCUCUGCUGCUUCACCUGGAUGGCGCUGGAGGGCUGUCAGCUCUACCUCCUCUUUGUCAAGGUCCUUGGCACCUACAUCCACCACUACCUGGCGAAGCUGUGCCUGCUUGGCUGGGGCUUCCCUGUUCUUGUGGUGGGGGUAGCAGGAGUUAUUGGCAGCUAUGGAGAAUACAGCAUCCAGACCACGGACCACCAGGUCAUAGCCCACCUGUGCUGGAUCACUUCCAAACAUGUCCUGGUCCACUAUAUCACUAACUGCAGCUACUUUGGCCUCAUCUUCCUCUUCAACACGGCUGUCUUCGGGGUCGUGACCCAGAAGAGCUGCAGCUUGCAGAGAACAAGCGCAGUGCAGGGAGACUACAAGCCCUGGAAGGUGACCCUGGUGGCAGCAGGGCUCUUCUCUCUGCUGGGAGCCACCUGGGCCCUCGCAUUCCUCAGCUACGGCACCUCCUCUGCCCCUGUGCUCUACCUCUUCACCAUCCUCAACUCUCUCCAAGGAAUAUUCAUAUUCAUCUGGCUGGUUGUCCUCUACUACCCAAAGACAAAGGAGACCACUGGCUCCCUCUCCCACAUCAUCAGACAUGACAAUACUAACCCUGUCUCCCAGGAAUAG